GGGAAGGACAGAGUGGAGCAGGAGCCGAUUGCUUUCCCACGGAGCAAGGCGGAACUAGAGGAGGAUCCCGACUCCCUCCGUGACCUGCUCCAGGGGCAGCGCAGCUACGUGCCUCUGGCUCCGUGUAAAGAUCGUCUAAGCCCCCAAGGAGCAAACGAAAGAUUAGUGCCAAUGCAUCAUUCUUUGUAUGAGAAUUCUUCAGCCCUCGUGGGGGUCCAGGACGUGCUAGGAAGUAAUCAUAUUUGAAAGGGAGCUUUCAGGAUGGCAGCAGAAGUGGAACUCAACCACAUCCAAUCAGCAUCUGAAAUGGCAGAGGGAGAGGAUGACGAACACAUUUUUCAACCCAUGAUGUUCCUGGAGCCUCAAGAGACGAGCAUUGAUAUGAAGGCACUUCUGGUCAAGAAAGUGAAGAAAACUUGCAGCUGCACCCCAGCCAAAGUUAAAGACCUGAUUUUCAGUUUUCUCCCUGUCUUGCAGUGGAUCCCCAAAUAUAAACUGAGGGAGUACAUCCUGGGAGAUAUAAUGUCUGGGGUGAUAGUGGGCAUCCUGCUGGUCCCCCAGUCCAUUGCCUAUUCCCUGUUGGCUGGCCAGGAACCUAUAUAUGGUCUUUACACAUCCUUUUUUGCCAGCAUUAUUUAUUUCCUAUUUGGUACCUCUCGUCAUAUAUCAGUUGGUAUUUUUGGUGUGCUUUGCCUGAUGGUGGGACAGGUGGUGGAUCGUGAGGUACAGAGAGCUGGGUAUGAUAUAGAGCCCAGUGUUCAUAGUGGCCUUCAGAGAGAGAUGGUCAUUUAUGUAAAUACCACCACUUUGGCUGUGAACCAGACAUCACAACUGCUGUUAUGUGAUAGAAGUUGUUAUGCAAUUAUUGUGGGAGCCACGGUGACCUUCAUAGCUGGAGUUUAUCAGGUUGCUAUGGGCUUCUUUCAGGUGGGCUUUGUCUCAGUGUAUCUCUCUGACUCCUUACUCGGCGGAUUUGUCACAGGUGCCUCCUUUACUAUCCUAACUUCCCAAGUGAAGUAUCUCCUGGGCCUGAACAUUCCACGCAGCAAUGGCAUUGGCUCCCUCAUAACCACUUGGAUAAACAUCUUCAAAAACAUCCAUAAGACCAACAUCUGCGACCUCAUCACCAGCUUCUUGUGUCUCCUUGUCCUCAUCCCAACCAAAGAGCUGAAUGAGCAUUUUAAAUCCAGGCUCAAGGCCCCCAUACCUAUUGAACUGGUCGUGGUUGUGGCAGCUACGCUGGCAUCUCACUUUGGGAAGCUGAAGGAGAAUUAUGGCUCCAGUGUUGCUGGACAUAUUCCAACUGGGUUCCUGCCACCUCAGCCACCCAAAUGGGAUCUGAUUCCUAAUGUGGCGAUAGAUGCUGUUGCCAUAGCCAUUAUUGGCUUCGCUAUUACUGUGUCCCUCUCAGAGAUGUUCGCCAAGAAGCAUGGUUACACAGUUAAGGCCAAUCAGGAAAUGUACGCCAUUGGCUUUUGCAACAUUAUUCCCUCUUUCUUCCACUGCUUCACAACUAGUGCAGCUCUUGCCAAGACUCUUGUCAAAGAGUCAACGGGCUGCAGAACUCAGAUCUCUGGGGUGUUGACUGCGUUGGUCAUCCUGUUAGUUCUGCUUUUGAUUGCACCUCUCUUCUACUCCCUUCAGAAAUGUGUCCUGGGGGUCAUAACCAUUGUGAACCUCAGAGGAGCCCUGCGGAAGUUCAGGGAUCUGCCCAAAAUGUGGCAUCUGAGCAAAGUGGACACAGUGAUCUGGUUAGUUACAAUGGCUGCUUCAGCACUGCUCAGUACUGAAAUUGGUCUACUGAUUGGUGUCUGCUUCUCAAUGCUGUGUGUCAUUUUGAGGACUCAGAGACCAGAGGCACCAUUGCUCGGCUGGGUGGUAGACAGUGAAAUAUACGAAUCCCUGUCUGCCUACAAAAACCUGAAGACUAAGCCAGGCAUCGUGGUUUUCCGUUUCGAAGCGCCUCUCUACUAUAUCAACAAAGAAUGCUUUAAGUCCACUCUGUAUAAGCGGACUGGAGUCAACCCAGCCUGGGUAAAGGCAGCCAAGAAAAAGGCAGCAAAGCGAAUGCUUAAAGAGAAAAUGGUGAAUUCUGGUGGCAGCCAGGCUGACAUCACAGUGCAGCUUGUCACCGAGCCACUGGUGUUUCACACGCUAGUGAUUGACUGCUGCGCAAUACAGUUCUUGGACACAGCUGGGAUCCACACGCUUAAAGAGAUCUGCAAAGAUUAUGGGGAGAUAGGCAUCCAGGUGCUGCUGGCCCAGUGCAAUACCUCUGUGAGGAGUUCCCUGCACCGGGGAGAGUACUUUAAAAAAGAGGAACAGAACCUCCUCUUCCACAGUGUGCACCAGGCUGUGGACUUUGCAUUGGGUGCACAUACGCAAAAUGGGUGCCGGGAAGGCAACAAUUGUGUGUAGGAUCAGGGGAAAAAAUUGUGGAUGUGUACGUAAUGUGCAUGCACUCACACAGGUAAAAUGCACCAAAGUACAGGAGUAUUGUUAAAAACCUAGUGUAGAGCAUACAGUGUGCUGUAAUGCUUUAAUCUUGCCCUACUGGAUAGGGUGAUUAGGUAAGGAGUGCUGAAUAUAGGCAUCCUCAAUGUGAUCUUGAUUAACAUGUUAAACCAAUGUUGUUCAUGAUCUUUCUGUGUUAGGUUCUCCAUAUCCCAGUAUUUACCCCAUGUUUAGACCUGCAUCCCUGAGACUCUUAUUACAGCCAUCAUCUUUCUGGGUUGGACUUCCUUUGACAGCUGUCAGUGCUCCCCCUUAGUGAAUAGUUUGAGGCAACUACACUUUUCCUCCCCAGUUCCAGGACUGGGCAUGCUGCCUCCGUAUCACUCAGCUGGCCAAGGAAUGAGUGAGCAGGACAGAUACCCAGCUCUGUUGGGUUGUUCUCUGAUAUGACAAUGGAGAGCGUUUUCUGCUGGAUGAGGACCUGGGCCUGACUUUCACAAAGAGUUACAAUCACUCUGAGAAAAAGGAAGUGACAAGUAGAUUCCUUGAGGUGUGUGACCUGUGCGUGUUAUAUAUGCAGUAGGUCAGGCACUGAAAGAACUUCAGGACUCGGAGUGAUUUGAAAUCAAGGCAGCGAGUCUCAGAGCCCGGGUCUGCAGAUUUGGGCUCACACUGUGAUGCUAAAACCAGCAGUACAGAUGUUCGAGUUCGGGCCGGAGCUCAGGCUCUGAAUCCCCCUUGCCUCGGGUUUCAGAGCCCAUGCUCUAGCCUGAGCUGGAAUGUCUACACGGCUAUUUUUAGUUUUUUAGCACAAGCCCGAGUCUGUAGACUCAGACUCUGAGACUUGCUGCUUUGAUUUGUUCGAGUUCAGGCAGAAUGCAUGACUCUGAGGGUGUGAGUUUUCAUCCCUAAUGGGAAAGCAUUACAGUUAUCUCAUUGUCGCAGUCUAUUGCUGUUAUCAGAGAGAUCUGCAGAGCAGGUACUCUGUAUUUUCGUACGCCUUUGAUUAUACCUCUGAUUGCACAGAGUUUAAGCGUCUUUUCAGAAAUACAACUUGAUGCCUUUCUAGCUUGCAUGAGUUGGGUCGAUAUUAUAACUCCUCAUGACCACUUCUAACCAAAGAUGUCUUGCCACCUACUCUCUGACCUUGCCAUCUAUUAUUCUUAUCUAGUAGAUAAGGAUUGGAGCAAUGGUUUUCUUAUUCACGCACAUGGCUGUAUAGUUGUCGGGAAAGUUUGUCUUUUUAUGUUGAGUUCCUUUGGACAGUCAUGACAAAUUUUCAUUUAAAGAUUUUUAGAGCAUAGUAUCAGGAAUGGGUUAUAGAUGGGAAGCUGUAAGACAGGCUCAGUGUAGCCUGACUCAAGCUUGACAGGUUUCAGAGUGGUUGCCGUGUUAGUCUGUAUCAGCAAAGAUCACGAAGAGUCCUUGUGGCACUG